GUUUUCUCAAACUCUGAGCUUCGAAUCUAAUAUAAGUUCUAUUACGGAUUUAUGAAACAAAUUCUACUUGAAAUAAAGAAAUCAUUAUAAACAAUUAUAUAAUUUUACUUUUAAGCAUACUCCUUUAUGUAUGUUCAUUGUAUUUUAUGAAACUAGAUAAGAUUGAAUAGAAAUAUGACCACGUAUACAGUUCACGUGGUAUAAAAUUACUGGAAUUUGGACAUAAUUAUAAGUGUAGUGUCAACUUUUCAAGAAAAUUAUUUCAACAAGAACAGUGAAACAUAUAUUGCUGUCAUCAACCCGAAGAUAUCUUACAUAUACUUCGACUAAAAAUAUGAUGAAAUAAUUGCAAUUUUAUAAAAAUGUGGAAAUAUUGUAAUGUUUAUAUUAUUAUAGUAUUGUGUACUAUAUUUAUAGUAUAUGGACACGAUUUCAGAAGUUUCGACGAUACUGUUCUUUUUAAAAUUAAUUGGCCGGGCAAAGCUAGCUCGGAUUUAUUAGAAUCUAGAACAAAUGUAGAACCUUAUAUUAUAACAACUGCAAAUAAGGAACAGUAUCAAUGCUUAAUAGUUGAUAAUUCAGAACAAGAGCAAGGUUAUAAUGAACCAUACAAUGGACCAAAUCCAAUAGAAAUUUUAUCAGCAUUAUUUAAACAAAAUACUUGUUCUUAUAGAGUUGAAUCUUAUUGGUCAUAUGAAUUAUGCCAUGGACGAUACGCACGUCAAUAUCAUGAAGAUAGAGAUGGGAAGAAAGUGAAGACACAAGAAUAUUAUUUGGGUACUUUUGAUAAGUUGCAAGAGUUAAAGCUUUUAGCUGAGUAUGCAGAAAGAGAAAAUAUUAGGAAAGCAGAUAUACCAGUUAAAAAAGUUGAUGGAAUCAAUAUGCCAUAUAUUGAAGUUGAAAUGGCUGAUGGCACAGUUUGUGACUUAACUAAUAAACCACGAAAGAUAAAAGUUCUUUAUGUUUGUUAUCAGCAUGGAAAACAUGAGCUGUUUUCGUUAGAAGAGCCCUCUAGCUGUGAAUAUGAAGUUAUUGUUCUUUCACCUUGGCUAUGUAAUCAUCCUGAUUACAAGCCCCAAGCUACAGGGGAAAAUGAAAUUAACUGUCAUCCAGUUGAAAAUGCACCAAAGAAGCCAAGAUCUCUUGUUGCGAUGGAGAUGGAAAGUCUGAAACUUCGAUAUCAAAAAGUAACGGAUGACAAGCUGCAGGAAGUCUAUGCAAUCUUCCAUGUAGAUAAGGAGGGCCAGGAUGGUGAAGCACGUGUUAGAGUUGAAAUACAUCCUGUCGGUGUUACCGAUAAACAUAAUAAUAUUGAAGACUCCAUAAAUUCGUUAGCAGAUCAAGGUAUUAGUCCUGCGGAAGCGAGUCCCGUAAAAAACUUUCUAAGCGGAAAGAAUUGUUUACACGGGGGCAAUGGAUGGUGGAAGUAUGAAUUUUGUUAUGGACGCUCUGUAGUUCAAUAUCAUAUUGAACGCGAUGGUAAAAAGACCAUAGUAAAUCUUGGUAAAUUCGAUAAGCAAAAGCAUUUGGACUGGAUUGCUGCACAUCCACAUAAAAGACCAAAGUCUCCAGAAUUGCGGAAACAGCUUUCCCAUUUUUAUAGCGAUGGUACUAUUUGCGAUAAAACUGGGAAUCCAAGACAAACAGAAGUGAAAUUAAAAUGUGUUGAAAGUCAUACGGCCAGUCCAUCGAGUGUUUCUCUUUUUCUAGUCGAACCGAAAACAUGUGAGUAUGUUUUAGGUGUGGAAUCGCCAUUGAUCUGUGAUAUUUUAGAAUACGCCGAUGAAAAUGGACUUCUCAGUGAAAAAUUUGACGUGAAUUUCGACAAAUUAAAAACAACUGCUUUUCACGAAUACGAUGAUUUGGAUGAGAGGAUAGCAAACGGAGAUGAUUAGAAUGAUAUUCAAUUAAUAGAUAUUAAACAAAAUUGUUAAAUAAAAUUUUUAGUGAUAAAAAUAACAGUUUUGAUAUAUCAGGCACAUUGCAUUUAGUUUCACUAAAUUAGAAAAAAAGAUAGUAGGCUUUUUUUAAUACUCAGUGUAUAUCAAUAUAUAGGUCUUAUGCUUCAAAGUUUUCGGAUAUUUUAUAAUACAUAUAUAAACAUAACAAUUAUUUAAUACAUAUAGUGAUGUUAACGCGUUAUCACGAACUAUUAAGUAACAGAGAUUGUAACGUUCACAAAAUGUUUUUCACUCUGUAAGAUUUUGAAAGGAAUAAUUACAAUUCUCUCCUAUGUUAA